AAAAUUCUCCGCAAUAAUCAACCAACAGCACACUCCAGCAGUCAGCAUUCAGCUGCAGCAGCCGCACUCAUCAACAAACCAACCGCAGUCUCCUUCUGACUCUCUAAACCCCCGACUCCCACAGAUAUAGACCCUAUAUAUAGGCGCAGUUUUGUAACAGGACAAACGAAUAAACGGAGAGAGAGAAAGAGAAAUGGAGGUACGAGCAAGAGCCCCAGGAAAAAUAAUAUUGGCUGGAGAACAUGCUGUGGUUCAUGGAUCAGCUGCCGUUGCUGCCUCCAUCGAUCUCUAUACUUAUGUCUCCCUUCGUUUCCCUACUCCUGCUGAUAAUGAUGAAACAUUAAGCCUCCAGCUUAAGGAUGUGUCCUUAGAAUUUUCCUGGCCAGUUGCAAGAAUUAAAGAGGCUUUUCCAAACUUGGAAACUCCGACUCCACCAUCCUCAUGCUCGCUGGAGACACUUAAAUUAAUUGCUUCUCUGGUCGAUGAGCAGAACAUUCCUGAGGCAAAUAUAGGUCUUGCUGCUGGUGUCACAGCUUUUCUUUGGCUGUUCACCUCAAUCCACGGAUGCAAACCAGCAAAAGCAGUUGUAAAUUCUGAGCUUCCACUUGGAUCAGGCUUGGGUUCAUCUGCAGCUUUUUGUGUUGCACUCUCUGCAGCCAUUCUUGCUUUGUCAGAUUCAGUCACUAUGGAUUUCAGCCACCAAGGUUGGCAAGUAUUUGGAGAGAAUGAGCUGGAAUUGGUGAAUAAAUGGGCUUUCGAGGGCGAGAAAAUAAUUCAUGGGAAGCCAUCUGGUAUUGACAACACAGUGAGCACGUACGGAAACAUGAUCAAGUUUAAGUCAGGUGAUCUUACACGCCUCAGAACAAACAUGCCACUUAAAAUGCUGAUAACUAACACAAAGGUUGGGAGAAAUACAAAGGCAUUGGUAGCUGGCGUCUCAGAAAGGACCUUGAGGCAUCCGACUGCUAUGGCUUCUGUGUUUACUGCAGUGGAUUCUAUCAGUAGUGAAGUGGCUGCAAUUAUUCAAUCACCUGUCCCAGAUGAUCUUGCCAUAACCGAGAAAGAAGAAAAACUGGCUGAGUUGAUGGAGAUGAACCAAGGAUUGCUUCAGUGCAUGGGUGUUAGCCAUGCUUCUAUAGAAACCGUUCUCCAAACAACUCUAAAGUACAAACUAUCUUCCAAGUUAACUGGAGCUGGCGGUGGAGGCUGUGUUUUGACAUUACUACCAACUCUUCUGUCAGGAACAAUUGUUGAUAUAGUGAUGGCUGAUUUAGAAACAUGUGGAUUCCAAUGCCUGCUUGCUGGUAUUGGUGGAAACGGCGUAGAGAUUCAUUCAGCGUCACUUCCUGAUGUUGGAGCCAAGGACGUCAAUUUGUCAUGAGAUAUGUCUCAUUGUUUCUACACUCUUGAAUGUGGACAUGGAGGUGAGCUUGCGACAUCUAUUGCAAUCUAAAGAAACAUCGGAACCCUGCGAUUGACUUGCUAUAGUUGUAGUCUUAAAAACUCUCAGUAAUGUGAAACAAUUUUCUUUUUACUUUAUUUUUCCACAAAAAUGUUGGUCAUAGGAAGAUUCCUGUUUGACAUGGUAAUUUAUCCUACUUUUUAAGUUCUCCAA